UCAGCCAGCUGUUAUUUCUCUUCGGCGGUUGUCUGUUGGAGUCGUGAAGCUCUCUGUUUGCACAUCAGUGUUUAUGCAGAAUAUUGGCUUUACGGAAGUUUUUUUUCGGGUGUAUUCCGACCAAACGGCACUAUAACACGGCAGCUCAUUGUGUCUGUCUUACUGCCCGCGUACCGCCGACACCAGCCGUAUGUAAUAACUUUAUAUAAAAGUGCAUUGUCUGGAGGUGUCAAAUCAAUACAAGGAGAAGCAGAUCCAGGAUCUGGGAAAAGGCUAGUUUCGUGAACGUGAGGCAUAUCGAGACAGCCUCUCUUGAGUUACCCAGCUAUAUUCGGUGUGGUUAUAUGAUCAAGGUAUCGAUAUAGAUCAAUAUCCCACAUCUGAAUCCUGCAAUAAUGUCUCUAGAGGUGUUUGUUGGAAAUGCUGUCAAUGUGCCAAACAUUGAGAAAGUUGGGAAAAGUGAUCCUUACUGCACAGUGGAGUUUUUAGGUGUCAAGAAAAAGACCCAAGUACAGAAACAGAAUUUGAAUCCAGUGUGGAAUGAGCAAUUGGUGUUCACCCUGGCUGAUAAACCGCUAAGCUCCUCAGACAAGAUCGACGUUUAUGUAAAGGAUUGGGAGCGCGUGGGUAGAAACAGGUAA